UUCCACGACUAGGGGCGCUGUUGCUGUUUUCUUCAAUUGCAAUAAUCGAGUUCCAUUCAUGACACACUCCUCAAAAACCUUUCUAAAUUCAGAACACCGGCAGAUAUGUGAGAGUUAACCCCAGCAGAACUGGACAAAGUGGAACCAAAUCUUUGUGCACAAUGGCUCAACAGCAAAAUAAUGAAGAAGGGACAAUAUUGAUUUCUUCCCAAAAAGUGACUGAUGCAGCUGCUGGAGAGUCGAGAAGUUCAACGAUAUCUGCGUCUUUUAAUUUUAUUAAUUCCAUCAUUGGAUCCGGAAUAAUAGGUUUACCAUAUGCUUUAAACCAGGCUGGGCUCCCGUUUGGUCUUCUGCUUUUGAUAGUGGUAGGUGUCAUCACAGAUUACUCAAUCAUUUUACUGAUUAAAGGAGGAAACCUGUCAGGGACAAACAGCUAUCAGGCUUUGGUGCAGAGCACAUUUGGUUUCCCUGGAUUCUUGAUUUUGUCUGGACUGCAGUUCCUUUAUCCUUUCAUUGCUAUGAUUAGUUACAACAUCACAACUGGUGACACACUGACCAAAGUAUUUCAGAGAAUACCAGGAGUUGGUCCUGACCACAUACUCGCUGAGCGUCACUUUGUGAUCUUGAUGUCAACCAUUGUCUUCACACUACCGCUUUCACUUUAUCGAAAUGUGGAAAAACUUGGGAAGGUUUCCUUCCUGUCAAUGGUGCUGACACUAACCAUCGUCAUCAUCGUAAUAAUCAGAGCAGCGACCCUUGGACCGCAAAUAAACCCAACAGAGAAUGCAUGGGCUUUUGCAAAGUGGAAUGCAAUUCAGGCAGUUGGCGUGAUGUCUUUUGCCUUCAUAUGCCACCACAACAGCUUUCUCAUUUAUGGAUCCCUGCAGCAGCCCACACUGGCUAACUGGUCACGGGUUACCCACAUUUCUGUCGGUUCUGCGCUAAUAAUCAGUACUGUAUUUGCUGUCGCUGGAUAUUCCACCUUCACGGGCUACACUCAAGGAGACGUAUUUGAGAACUACUGUCGGAACGACAACCUGGCAACAUUUGGUCGCUUCUGUUUCGGCCUCAGCAUAAUAACCACGUUUCCAUUGGAGUGUUUUGUUACACGAGAGGUGCUGUCCAAUGUUUUUUGUAAUAGGAAUCUCUCAAAAGCUGAACAUGUGGCCAUAACCAUGCUCAUUAUUACACUGUGCACAUCAAUAUCUUUGGCCUAUGACUGUCUUGGAAUUGUUUUGGAGUUAAAUGGAGCUCUCAGUGCCAUCCCUCUGAUCUUCAUCAUCCCAUCUGCAUGCUUCCUCAAACUCUCAUCUGGUCGCUGGUUCCAGAGGGAAAACCUGAUACCUAGUAUUCUGAUAAUACUUGGGUUGUUUGUCAUGAUUACUGGUUUGACCAUGACUGGUGUUUUCCCUCAACAGUGUUCACAUGGUGUGGAGAUGUUUUACUGUGCAGAUGCCAAUGUUUCUACUGCUGUACCUCCUGCAUGAAUACAUGGGGUUAUUUAUAUACAAACAGGUGACAGGUUAAUACAAUAGAGAAGUAUUGAGGCUAAUUUUAACAUCGAUCGAGCUGAUGUUAUCAUGUCUAUGCAUGUGCUGAUGUCAGCAUAGACAAAUUUCAGCCAUUGUA